GCAAGCCCCCUUCCAUGGCACCAGGCACCACUUUAUAUAUUUAUUGUUAAUGACCGAAACAAACUGAACCACUAAACGAUGAUCCCAAACGUUCAAAUCCCUACCUGGGACGCGGACGGAGGAGGAGCACUCUCCCCGUCGAUCUCUUCCAAUGCUGACACGUGCUCAUUAUUCUCCUCCGACCAUUUCCGAAUGUUCCAGUUCAAGGUGCGGAACUGUCCACGUGUCAGGUCCCACGACUGGACCGAGUGUCCCUACGCCCACCCCGCCGAGAAGGCUCGCCGCCGUGACCCCCGCAAGUACCACUACUCAGGCACCUCCUGCCCCGAUUACCGGAAGGGGAACUGCAAGAGGGGCGACACGUGUCAGUUCGCGCACGGCGUCUUCGAAUGCUGGCUCCACCCUUCUCGCUACCGGACCCAGCUCUGCAAAGACGGAACAAAUUGCCGCCGCAGAGUGUGCUUCUUCGCCCACACCAGCGACCAACUCCGCGUCGUGACGGAUUCAUCGUCGUCGUCGUUUGUUUCCUCUCCCACUUCGGUGCUCAUUAACUCUUCGUUCUCCGAUUCUUCGCCGUACAGCUUCGUCCGCGGAAUAGUUAAACUGGAUGAGGAAGGGUCGUAUUCGGGUCUGACCCGUUGCGUGUUCGGGUCGCCACGUGGCGGGUUUAUGAGUGUGAAUGGGUGCGAGGAGGAGCCUGCGAUGGAGAGGGUGGAAUCGGGGAGAGACAUUAGAGCGAGGAUAUAUGCGAAGCUUAGUAGGGAGAAUUCCAUUGGAUGAGUAUCGGAACUCGUGAAAUGAAUGGAUUCCGUGGCCUUUCAUUUGGGUCUGUCUGUUUGUCUCUGUACAAUAUAUAAUGCAAUUCAAUAAAAUAAAACUAUAUGUACAUAGUUGAGAAGGUAGAGACCGUUUUGCUCUCUGUGUUUUGUUUUUUACCUUAGUUCCUGGCUGCCCAAAAUUGGGUAGCAUUUGAUUGUAUCAAUUGUUAAUUUUGGACUUCAUUCAAGAAUCAUGUUUUUCUUAUUAUUUUU